AUGGACGACUCCUUCUUCAAUAAUGCAUAUUAUGCGAAAGUUGGAGGCGUGAGCACAUCGGAAAUGAACAAACUGGAAAUGAAGUUCUUGUUUUCUCUUGAUUUUCGACUUUAUGUCAACGUGCACACGUUUGGCAAGUAUUGCUCGGUUUUUAAAAGAGAAGCUGUGGGUAGUAUUAUCAAGCGCACGAUUAAGGAGUGUGGAGUGGAAGAAAGCUGGACGAACAAAGAUGACAAUGCUCGUGUUGCAGUCGAUUGCUAG